UACUCACUUGAGUCAGCAGCCCCGUGCGUCCUAUCCAAUCAUUUAAGCUCUCCAAUCGUCUCGUAUAAUUGCGUCUAGAAGCCCAUAGUGGGGUACAGGUGUUCGGAGGUUACCGCUCUAGAGGAGAUGAUCUUUCAACGAAACGGGUCACCUCUUCUGAUAUCAGUGUUCUUUAUGUUCUGCUCACAGGGCUUGUUUUGGUCUUACCGUGAAGAGCAUGAUGCCACUGACAGUGAAGUUUGUUCAGAAAACAAGAUCGCCACAACAAAAUAUCCUUGCCUCAAAUCAUCUGGAGAGGUGACAACAUGCUACAGGAAAAAAUGCUGCAAAGGCUUUAAGUUUGUGUUGGGCCAAUGCAUUCCUGAAGACUUUGAUGUGUGCGCUGGCGCCCCCUGUGAACAGCAGUGCACAGACCACUUUGGCCGUAUUGUGUGCACCUGUUACCCGGGUUACCGCUACGACCGAGAGCGUCACAGGAACCGAGAUAAACCAUAUUGUCUGGACAUCGACGAAUGCGCCAGCAAAAAUGAGACAAUGUGCUCUCAGGUCUGUGUCAACUCUGUCGGGAGCUACAGGUGUGAGUGUGAGAACGGCUAUUUCCUGGAGGAAGACAAGAAAACCUGCACCGUGGGGGAGAGAGCAGCUCGUCUCUUUGAGAAGUCGGACAACGUGAUGAAGGUGGGAAUGUGUUCGGCCACCUGCGAGGACUUCCACCAGAUCAAGAUGGCUGUUCUACAGCUCAAACAGAAGAUGCUGCCCAAUAAUGCAGAAGUCCACAAGCAGAUGACCAGUGAGAAGAUGCACUCUUUCCUGCCCGGGCCUCCUGGACAGCCAGGACCUCCAGGUCCACAGGGGGUCCCAGGACCUACCGGCCAGUCGGGAACCCCAGGCCUAGUCGGACCCAGGGGAUUGAUGGGGCCUGUAGGACCGUCACCAGACCUUGGCAACAUCAAACAGGGCCGACGUGGACCAAUGGGCCCUCCAGGUGCCCCAGGAAAAGAUGGUAUGAAGGGAGAUCGUGGGGCUCCUGGACUUUCCGGACCACCAGGCCCUCCCGGAUCAUUCGACUUCCUGUUGCUGCUAAUGGCAGACAUCCGUAACGACAUCGCUGAGUUGCAGCGCAAAGUGUUGGGCAGGCAGAUCCCCUCACCGGGGGAGGACUUCCCCAUGGCCCCCCACAGCUGGGGGGAUAACCAGGACACCCUGGAAGCUGGCUCUGGAGAGGACUACAAUGACUCCACAUCCCACAGAGGCAGGGCCAAGAGCAGUAGGAAGAGAAAGCCCACAAGGGACUUUACAGACUCUGAAUGGACACCUUGAGAAUGCUUGCAUUUGCCGCUGGUGUAAAUAAUAAGUAUUUUAUUUAACAUAUAUUUUUUGACCUCUCAGUUAGAAUGUAUUACUUUUUUUACCAAAUGUUUAUUUUUAUAAACUGGAUAUUGUGUGAUAUUUAUAUGUUGGACUAACUUGACCAUCUUCAGCAGUAUUUUGUCCAAGUGGCAGCGCUAUUCUUUAUCAGAUUAAUUAUCCCUGAAAACUCAAUCAGUGAAGGUUCCAUUCUCUAAAGAGUAAACAUUUCUGUUGUAAGGGUACCGAAUAGGACCGCAGUAGGAUUAUUAUUGGUUUAUAUUUAUUCUGUACGUCCAAACACUAUUUUGGGAUUAUGUCUGGUUUCCAUGGUUACAAAGGAAGUGGGCAGCACUGCUUUAAGGUUGAAUAAUUCAGUCAGAACACUCAAACCAUUAAUCAUCAGAAAAACAGGAGUGCUACUCACGUUAAACUUCUUUAUCGAAAUAUUAAUUUAAAAAAAGCUUCUAUUUCAACAUUGGGAAAUUAUACUUUCCUCUUGGUGGUCUCCAAACUGUCUGAUAAUGCAAAAUAGCAUGUCGUCAAUUAAAAUUUAAAAUAGAGAUAUAGAUAGACUGAGACUCUGAAAUACUUCCAGUUGUGUGGCCAUAGUUCGUCUGGUUGGUUUAGCUUCACAUGACCAAAGUACUAUUGCCUAUUAUCUGUUCUUCUGACUGUUGUCUGUUUAUAAGAAGUGUUCGAUAUAAGAUAUUACAAUAUAGGAAAUAAUGUGAAAAUAAGAAUCAUAACUUGUAUUUUUGGUAUGUGAUGUCAUGAUUGGAGAAACAUUAAAACUUGGGCUUUGAUACAAUCAGGCCUCCAGGCUUACAACCUUCCAAGCUUAAGCAUUCCUCAUCUCUGUCAAACUAUUCUCCCUUUCAGCUGCCACUUUUCUCUUCAGCUUUUUAUCUCUCUCAAACUCACACAUUAUCAUUGUUUCUCUGAGCAUAGGGCAUAGGUGCAAUAAGUGUAUUGAUCACAAAAAUGAUGUAUCAUUCUAAUUGAGGCUGAGGAGAGGUCUACCUCAUUGACACAGAUGAAUGUGGGCUGGGGGAUAACAUUUUAAAUGUUUACUGAGUGGUUCUUGGUAUUUAUUUCAUUGACAUGGACAGCUCCACACACAAGAAUUCAUGCUGACAAAAGGGUUCUUAUAAUAUUUUAAAACACCUUCCUUCGAAUUACAAUGCUAAUACUAUACCUAACACUACAAAUUGGUCACACAAUAUGACUUUUAGUGAUAUAUAACUCUGAGUGGGUUUUGGUAUACAAACCACGUUUGGAUGAUCAGGCAUUCAGUAGAAGGCUUAAUGUGUUUGAACAGUGUGUUAAUUUGUUUCAUAUUUCCCCAGCUGAAAGUCAUAAAUCACAUCUGACCAACUGUCUCAAUCUAUCACCCUGAGCUGACAGAGGUUAAAAUAGCUGGAUCUUUCUAACACAUGGGAAAGGAAUGGGUUAAUCUUACAUGAAUGGAAAUUUGAUGAAGCUGCAACUUUGUGUCCGGUUCUGAUGUUUUUUUUAUGUAAAAGUUUUUUUUUAUAGUUAGUCCUAAGAAAUUUUUUAUUAGUAUUGUAUUGGUCCAUUGUAGAAACUUGUUUUUCAUUAGAAUUGUAUAACUUUGAAUAACUAAUGUUAUGUCAUGUAUUCCACAGGAUGAAAACGUUUUUAUACAAAUGACAGGUAUUCUAAUCUAAGGUAGUGUUAUCAUUUCAUAUUCAAAACUGUAUCCAGUUUACUGUGUUGUCUUGUGGCGUUCUCAUCAAGAUCUUUGGGAGACUGACUUUGUAUUGUUGAGAAAGUCAAUCAACUGAUAGUAGCACUGAUAGUAUUUACUCUGCAUGAUUUACUUGGCACUCUCAGUUCUUCUUUAUAUCCACUAGGUGGCAGUGACUGAUUAACAAUAGUCCACAUUAAGAAACCCUAUUAAUAAUUUCCUCAAAUACAAAAUGCCAACUGCGAGAGAUGCACAGUUGGGCACUCAACAUGAUAGACUGGAUGUUCCUCACCUGUUGUCAUGUGAUUCACUGUGUACAUGCAUUGAAAAGAGAAAGCAAGAGAAUGUGCCAGAAUGAGCAACUUACCGUGAUAACUCACAUAUAUGCAUAUUAUAGUAACGUUUUGGAAGUAGCACAAUGGUUUGAGCGUUUGACUACAGAUCAAAAGGUUUCAGGUUUGAAUCCCCUAGUGAUCUAUAUAUUGCUUCGGAGAAAAGUUUCUGCUAAAUGAACAUGUCUUUAUAGAAAAGGGAAGGUUAUUAUGGUGACAAGUUUCUGGGUUGUAAUUUAUAUUUUUGGUACAACCAACUCUGAGAAAAACUGAAGUGAGUCAUCAAAAGCAUUCAUUACAUUUGAGAGAAUAAUUGCAUAAGUCAAUAAAAUUGCACUGCUUAACUAACAAAAGCAUGAGAAAAAAAAAAAAACGCGUACUGAACAACAACUAAAAACUGUCCUGUCUAAGUCAAAAGACAACAACAUUCUACAUGGCAAUGUUGCUGCCAGGGCCUGUAAGAGUAUUAGUUGUUUUUAGUAUGUCAUGAUUUUAAAUUUUUUUAUCCUGUGACAAUUCAACCAUAGCACUGUUACAACAAUCCCAGACCAUGGGGUAAACUGUAAAGUUUCACACUUUAUAUUUAAGAAAACAACAUGCAUUUUAAGUUUUAUUUACAUUUAUACUAUAACUACAGAAAUGUGUAAUGGAAAGAUUGUUAGGUUAUUUGUAUGAAAUAUUGAAUACAAAAGACAAUCUGAGAAGCUAUUUCUGCUAUUGUAUACAGACAUGUUUAGUCCAAUGGACAAAUGUCCAAUGGACAAAUUGUGUUAAAAACACGAUUUGGCUUUGAUGGGCAGUUGCAACAUGGAGAGAAUUGAGAUCUCAAUGUGUGAAGGUGUAUGUAAUUACAUUGGGUAGAUUCUACCACUUUAACACAGCCACUAACUUUCUCCAUAACAACGGUGAUGAGGAUAAUUAAGUCAGCUGAUAUGUAUCCGAAGAGAUCAGAGAAGCCAUGUUUCGUACAUUUUGAUGUACCGCCCCAACGUAA